UUUCUAUGAACCCUUUGCUUCUGUCUGGAAAAACUGAGUUACAUUUUGUUUUAAAUGUGCUCUUUAUUCGAAGUUUGUGAUGAACUUUUUGCAUGAAACCUUUUUCAUCCUCUGCGCUGCAGCUGCGCGCGUAAAAAGGAUCCAAAAGUUUUUUUUGCUUCUUUUUUUUUUAUUCGCGCGCAGCUUCUCCCUCGUGCUCGCCUCGGUGACAGGCCGUGUUUUGUUUCGUUUUGUUUUGUUUUUUGUCAUCGCGGACCCUCUGCGGGUCCUGCGCGCGAGGAACAGAUGAAUGAAAGCUCCCUGCCAGAGCGCACGUGCGCUACAGAUAACGUCACGAGCUCUGGGCUUAGCAGCGAGCCCGCGCCGCAGAGGUGCGCGCGCUUCUCCACAAACUUGUCCGGAGGAAGACGCGGAGCGCGCGGCGCGCCAUGAACACGUCCGUGGGCCCGCCGCGGCUCGGCGGCGGUUCGGGCUCCGUGGAUCACGAGCUGAUCAUCACGUCCACGUUCGGGACGCUCCUGUCCUUCGUGUACAUCGUGGGGGUGUCGGGGAACGUGUACACGCUCGUGGUGAUGUGCCACUCCAUCCGCUUCGCCACGUCCAUGUACAUCUCCAUCAUCAACCUGGCGCUCGCGGACCUCCUCUACCUCUCCACCAUCCCCUUCGUGGUGUCCACCUACUUCCUGAAGGACUGGUACUUUGGGGACGUGGGCUGCCGCAUCCUGCUGAGCCUGGACCUCCUGACUAUGCACGCCAGCAUCUUCACGCUCACCGUCAUGUGCACGGAGCGCUACCUGGCCGUGACGCAGCCGCUGGACACCGUGCGGCGCUCCAAGAGUUACCGCAAGGCUCUGGCGUGGGGGGUGUGGCUGCUGUCCCUGGUGCUCACGGUCCCCAUGAUGGUCAUGGUCGCGCAGACCACCAAGAGCACUCCGGACGGGGGCGUGAAGAGGAUGUGCGCGCCCACCUGGGCGCCUUUGGCGUACAAAGUCUACGUGACCGUCCUGUUCGGAACCAGCAUCAUGGCUCCGGGCUUCGUCAUCGGAUACCUGUACGUCAGGUUGGCGCGCACGUACCUGGAGUCUCAGCGGAACUCCGUGAUCAGCGGAGGCGGGAAACGCUCCCCGAAGCAGAAGGUUCUGAUCAUGAUCUUCACCAUCGUGCUGGUGUUCUGGGCCUGUUUCCUGCCCUUCUGGAUCUGGCAGCUGCUGCCCCUGUACCACACCAAGCCGCUGCGCCUGGCCUCGCAGACGCACACCUGCAUCAACUACCUGGUGGCGAGCCUGACGUACAGCAACAGCUGCAUCAACCCCUUCCUGUACACGCUGCUCACCAAGAACUACCGGGAGUACCUGAAGAACCGACACCGGAGCUUCUACAAGUACACGUCCUCGUUUAAGAAGCGGCCGCCCAGCCUGCACUCCUGGGGGAAGUCCGCCUCAUCCACCAGCAACCAGUUCGACUUCAACUCCGAGACGCUGGCCAUGGGCACGUUCAGGUGACGGGCACGCGGGGGACCCGGGAAGGACUCAGGACUUGUCCAAGCAGACGGACGGCACCAUUCUCCGUCCCCCAUGGACGCAUCAGGGCAGGGCGGGGUCGGGGAUGGCGUGUUCCGGGUCGCAGGUGAAGGACACGGUGAUGG